AUGAAAUUACAUUCUGUUUAUUUGUUCUUUUUUUGUACAGUAUUCUCACUGUUUUCGUUGUCUAAGCAAACAAAUGUAAAGGCACGGAUCAAAAGCAAUAGUGUGCUCCCCAGUCUCAACAGACUAGCCGUUGAUACACGUGUGCAACUGCGUUCAAGAGAUCGCACCUAUUUGGCUCCAAUUCAAUCGAAUGGUAUUUUUGAAUUCGUCAAUGUAUCUGAUGGAACAUACGCUUUAGACGUUUUGUCCAUUGAAUAUGAAUUUGCACACUUUCGUGUCGACGUGAAUGGAAGUAUGGUGACCCCAUACUAUCUGACAAAAGGUCAUAGCUGGACUCAAACGAGUAAAAACCUUUCCUAUCCAUUUUCCGUCCGCGCUCUUUCUCAACACACAUACCUCUUCCAACCUCGUCGCUUUUCACUCUUCCGACUUCUCAAGAGUCCUAUGAUGUUGUUCUCUUUGGCGGCUGUCGGAAUGCUUCUCAUUCUUCCUCACAUGAAAGUUGAUCCAGCUUUGUUGGAACAGGCCCAACAAGAGAUGCAGAAGAAGCGGCAGUAA